AUGAAUUUCUUAGUGAAUGCUGUGAAAUUGUACUUCAAUAGGAAUUGGACAAGAAAAGACAUGAUGAAUUCUGCACCAAUUACCAAGCACGCUUACACAAGCUUGAAGACGGUAUAUCUUACUCUCUUCUUGGCCAUAUUGGCCACUGCUUUUGGAUCCUACUUGCACUUGAUCUGGGAAACAGGGGGGAUGUUAUCAAUCAUUAAAUGUGGAUCAAGUUUACUCUUGCUUUACCGUACACCACAACAGAGAGUGUUGGCGAGGCUCUUAUACUUGAUGGAUGUUGCCAUUUGCUUCGGUGCUUCUGUUGGCCUUUUUACCAAGUAUUUCUUCAAAAUCGAUCAAAGCGCUGUCAUUAGAUUUUUGCUAGGUGCAGCAAUUGUCUUUGGAUGUUUCUCGAUUGCAGCAAAAGUACAUAGGGAAAGGAGCCACAUCUACAUCACUAGCUUGAUUAACACUGGUAUUCUAAUACUACUGUGGUUUGACGUUUCUCAGUGGACGUUAAAGGCAUACGUUCUGCUGGCAGUCUUCAUGGGGUACCUUGUGCUAUAUAGCCAAGAGAUACUGUAUGAUGCUCCCUUUGGAGAAAUUAACUUUGCCAACUGCGCAUUCACUAUCUUCUUCUGUUUACCAGCUAUUGUGGUCCAUUCUGUAAGACUAUGCCUGGGUGCAAACAUUGAGCAACACAGACAGAAUUAAUGCUGAUACAUUUGGAACUAUAUA